AUGAGUCUCGUUUCGGAUAUGACAAAAGAUAGUUUCAUGCAUCGAAAUAAUUACAUUCGCGUCGGAGAUUAUUACGAAAAAACAUUUUUAAAAGGAAAAAACGUUUACGCCAAUUACGGGGAUACUCUAUCGAAAUGUGGAAAAGUUUUAGAAACGCUCGAUUUGUACGAUAGUUUCAAUACGGUCGGAGAAAUAUCAUCGGAAAAAUUAAAACACGUGACGUACGGUUUAAUAGAAUCCAUCAUGGCGACUUUCAAUCAUUUUCCGGGGAAAAAUUUCGGCGUCACCGGAACUAAUGCGUCGUCGUCGUCGUAUUUCGUUUGCGGGAUUUGCGAAAGCGUUUUACGUCAUCCCGUAACCCUUUCUUGCGGUCACACGUUUUGCCGAAGGUGUUUGAUAAAAGACUCAUCGUCGAGAACAUGUAGAAAGUGUUGUCAAAAAAUCAAUAGUCCUUUCGAAACGAACGUUUUAGUUAAACAACUCGUCGAAAAAUUUUGGUCUAAGGAAAUAAUUGGAGCGGAAAUCCGCGACGAAGGAAACGAUCAUCUCCAAAGAAACGAAUUCGAUGAUGCCGUGUCUAAAUACAACGAAGCGCUUGGCAUUGUUCCUUCCGAUCAUUUGACACUAUGUGCCAGGUCUCAUGCCUUUUAUAGAAUGGGAAGGUAUCAGGCGUCACUUGCGGAUGCUGAACACGUCAUACGAAUUCGACCGCAUUGGGGAAAGGGAUAUCACAGAAAAGGAGUCGCCAUGCUGGCCAUGGGUAUGUUAGAAGAAGCUUUAACAUCUUUAUGUAUUUUUGUCGCACUUGAAAAAAAUCCUCAGGUGGUUCGUCACGAUAUAUGCAAGGAGGUUCGUUUAAAAGUUGAAAAAAUAGAAGAGAUUCUUCACGGUCUUUUAUGUGGUAGUAACAGCUACAACAACAUCAACAACAACCAUAACAACCAUAACAAUUUUUCUUCGAGGCAUUUAAAUCGAUCUUUUGCUACGACCAAUCACCAUCACCAUCAAAUAAAUUACAGACGUGGAAGAUAUUAUUAUUAUUAUCAUCACAGUCCGAUGGUGAUAAACAGCGGCAGCAGCAGCAGCAGCAGCGAUUGCGAAGAUCAUUCUAGUGGUAGCAGCGACGAAGAUGUCUACGAAUUUCCCGAUUGUCUUUCAUUAUUAAUAAAAAAAAAUUUUCACGAUUUGAUAAAUCACGUGUUUAACGAAAUAGAUAAAAUAAAACGUACGAACGUGGUAAAAUCGAUUGAUCUCAGUUUGGAACCUUCUCUUAUCGAUAAAUCGGAUUUCGAUUGCGUUUUAUGUUGUCGAACAUUAUGGAAACCCAUAACGACAUCCUGCGGUCACACGUAUUGUUUAUCUUGUCUCGAACGAUCUCUCGAUUAUAGUACGGCAUGUCCGCUGUGCAUGAAAAAUUUAUCGGAUCACGUGUCGGUAUCGUCGAAAUCCGUGUCGGAGUUUUUAAGUAAAUUUCUUAAAAUGUAUCUACCUUCGGAGUAUUUAACGAGACAGAUAACUCAUCAAUCGGAAAUAUCGAAAAUGAUGGUUUCCUGCCACGACAAAGAAUCUUACAUUCCGGUUUUUGUUUGCACGACUGCUUACCCGACGAUUCACUGUCCUCUUUUCAUAUACGAACCCCGUUACAGGCUCAUGAUAAGACAGUGCGUGGAAGCGGGAACAAGAAGAUUCGGUAUAGCUGCUUGUUUCACAUCGGAAAACGGAAGUAGAAGAUUUGCGGAUUUUGGUACAAUAUUAGAGAUCAAAGACUGGGUAUUAAUGUCAAACGGUUGUUCUAUAUUAUCAACGGUCGGCGUUCGUCGUUUUAGAACGUUGUCGAGAGACGAACGUGACGGUUACGAAUUAGCAAAAGUUAAAUUAUUAAUAGAUGAACCUAUAACGGAUUCCUGCCUUCCGACAAUCAAACAAUUUCACGACAAGGUACGAGAAAAAGCCAUUUCGUGGGUGAAAACACUAAGCGAAGAAUUCAAAGAAAAAGUUUUUACUUCUUUCGGUACUAUACCGGAAGUUGAAGAAAAUUGGAGAUGGUUACCGGAUGGACCGUCUUGGACGUGGUGGUUAUUGGCCAUCCUACCUCUCGGUCCCCUCCUUCAGGUGAGCAUACUGGGGACGACAAAUUUAGAAAAAAGGCUCAAAGCGAUUGAUAAAACGUUAAGUCAAAUACAAAAUAAAACUCACGAAUAUCAUUUUAAUAAGAAAGGAGAACCCAACGCAUUUUUUUCAUAUCAGAAUUCAUAG